UUGAUAGAAAUCUAACCCCAGAUUUAGGUUCUAAUAUAUAUGCUACAAUAAGUUUAGGUUGCAGUGUUAGUGGAAACUUCAUUUUAGAAAGAAAGAUGAAGUUUCUUUUUGCCCUACUUGCUUUGGCUGUAAGUCUUUCUUCGGCUGAAAAACUCAGGUUCGACAAUUUCAGGGUCUACAGAUUGAUUCCUAAAGAUGAGGAGACCCUCAAUAUCCUUAAAGAACUGGAGGACACAGAAGAGACUUCUGAGUAUAAUUUUUGGAGUCCUCCUCUCAAAGUAGGCGGGGAAGUAGAUCUUAUGGUACCUCCUUAUCGGAUUGACGAGAUAGAAAAUAUGGCAAAAACCAGAGGGAUGAAUGCUAGUGUAUUUAUAGAGAACGUACAAGAACUCAUCGAUGAAGAAGGUCUUAGACCAGAAUCAAGGGCAGGAAGCUUCGGUUGGACUAGCUAUCAUACUCUUGCAGAGUACAACAGCUUCCUCAGAUCUUUAGCCACAAGAUUUCCCAGAACUGUGACCCUCCUCCGAGGUGGUGUUUCCCACGAAGGACGUGAAAUCCUUGGAGUUAAAGUAUCCUUCAGUUCCGCUAAUCAAUAUAACGCUGUCUUUCUGGAAUCGUUAAUUCACGCAAGAGAAUGGAUUGCUGGCGCAGUCAACACUUAUAUUCUCAAUGAAAUAGUGACGAGUACCGACCCUGCUUUCCGUAGAUUUGCUGAGAGGUACGAUUGGUACGUUUUCCCCGUUUUUAACCCCGAUGGAUAUUCCUUCACCCACACCAACAACCGUAUGUGGCGUAAAACCAGGGUGCCUUACUCAGGUAAUUGUUUCGGUGCCGAUCCAAACCGUAACUGGGGGUACUUUUGGAACAGUGGCGGUGCCAGUGCUCAACCUUGCGCAGAAACGUACCGCGGGCCAUUCGCUUUUUCGGAACCCUCUACCAGAUCCAUGUCUCAGUUCAUUGCCACCAUUGCCGAUAGACUUGUAGCCUACAUCAGCUUCCACUCAUUCUCCCAGAUGCUGCUUAUCCCUUACGGAUUCACCACCGCGCAUUUGGACAACUACGCCUUGACACACGCAAUUGGACUCAGAGCAGCUGCUUCAUUGGCGAGACGUUUCGGAACGAGAUACGUUGUUGGAAAUGUUGCUGAAACUAUUUAUAUCGCUAGUGGAGGCAGUAUGGACUGGGUGAAAGGUACUUUCGGGACUCCAAUUGCUUACACCUAUGAGCUCCGUGACCGAGGCAGUUUUGGUUUUCUCCUUCCUGCUGCGCAAAUUAUUCCCUCUGCAUUGGAAACAUUGGAUUCUUUGGUGACUAUCCUCGAUGAAUACGAAAGGAGCAGACAGUAAUAUUCAAGCUUCUUGCAACUGGAUUAAUAUUUAAAAAAUAACACAAAUAAAUUUAACAAAUAAACUUAUCAUGAAAAUUCAA